AUGGAUUCCUUCACCUUCCAGCUGUCGUAUUUUGGAGGAUCUUCGUCGGUCACCAGUCUGCGCUCGGCCGCGAACAAGACGAAACAAAGCGGGCAGCGUGUGGACCUUAUGCACUAUCACAUCACCGCCAGGGGCCAGUACUGGGGCACUUGGAAUGAGGCGGAAACGUACUACCGAGACAUCAUGCGGAAUCCUGACGAUAUAAACUUCGUCACGGUACUUCGUGAGCCUCGCUCGCACCUUCUUAGGUGA